AUGGAAGAAAGCUGCUGCACUUGCGCAACGCUCCUUAAGAACGUUCGGGUCGUCUACGAUGAGAAGAGUGAGAAGCCGGCAUUUCUCGAGAGAAAACUAGAGUGCUGCAGCAGGGUGAUAUGCGGGAAUUGUAUUGCUAAUAACGAGCGUUUUGCUGCAUAUUGUCCUUUCUGCCAAGUGUCCACCAAACCAUCCCCUUUACCGCAAGGUCUCCGCGACCCACCGAGUUACGCCCCAUCGUCAGCAUCCUCUAGACCAUCCAUAGACCCCCCGCCAUAUUCAGAUGCACUUCCGCCAUACUCCUCCCCCACGAACCCGCAGACAGCUUCUCUGGAGAAGGCCUCGUCGAGUAUCGCCCCAGCGGAAGAUGUUCUCCACUUCCUCGACCACGAACACGACACUUUGACAUCCCUCUCUUUCCGCUACGACGUCCCCGUAUUCGCAUUGAGAAAAGCAAAUAACAUAACUGCCGAUCACUUACUGCUGGCCAGAAGGACCAUCAUAAUACCUGCAGAGUUUUAUAAAGGAGGCGUGAGUUUGAGCCCGCGGCCCGUGGAGGGGGAGGAGGAAGAACGCAGAAAAGGGCUCGUGAGGAAGUGGAUGGUAACAUGCAAGGUUUCUGAUGUUGCGCUGAAAUAUAGAUAUGAUGUAGCGUUAUUAUACCUACAGCAGGUCGACUACGACUUAGAAGCCGCGGUGGAGGCGUACAAGGACGAUGAGAGAUGGGAGAAGGAACAUCCAAUAGAGGCUAACAUGAAAGGGAAAGGAAAAUCCCACAACGUAGGGCGAAGGAGAUUUACUGGGCAGAGAUGA